CAAACAUCAAUUUAAAUAUUUUGUUGUGUUAUUCACAAUUACUGUAAUACUGCAAUAAAAUAAUAGAAGAUUUAGUAUGUAAAAACGAUUAAAACUACACGAAGCUGCAUUUUUAUCCUCCUAAGAACUGAAGCCAAAUUUCCUAUGACACAAUUUUUAAUAUAACAUUCUAGUAAUUCUUCUAGAACUAUACUAAUAUGCCACGAUCAGUAUGUUCUCAAGAUGAAAUCGUUAGAUGCGGUUGGGUGACAAAAGACCCACUAUACAUAAAGUACCAUGACACUGAAUGGGGUGAACCAGUAUACGAUAAUUAUCAACUUUUCGAAAUGUUAUGUUUAGAGGGGCAGCAAGCUGGCUUGUCUUGGAUAACGAUAUUGAAAAAAAGAGAAAAAUAUAAGCAAUCAUUUCAUAAUUUCAAUCCUAAUAAGAUUUCAAAAAUGUCUGAGACAGCUGUACUACAAUUAUUAAAUGACCCAGGAGUUGUUAGACACAAAGGAAAAUUAAUAGCUAUUAAACACAAUUCUGUUUGUUACCAGACUAUGGAAAAUAAUGGAGAAGAUUUCUCUAAUUUUAUAUGGAGUUUUGUUGGACACAAGCCUAUUAUUAACAAUUGGGAAAAUGUAAAAGAUGUUCCUACCGAAACAGAUAUAUCUAUAGCUCUUUCUAAAGCACUUAAAAAAAGAGGAUUUAAAUUUGUGGGAUCUACUAUUUGUUAUGCUUUUAUGCAGGCUUGUGGUCUUGUGAAUGAUCAUAUUCUUUGUUGUUAUUGUCGGAAUAGAGAAAAGGAUUAAGUUAUCAUUCAUUGUUUUUUUACUUGUUUAAACCUGAUGGUAAUAUAACUUAACAUCUACAAUAUGCUAAGACUUAUGUCUGGAAUUCUGAAGAGUAUCAUAUUUCUAAAUAAUACAUCUUUUGUAAUUGUUGUUGAAUAAAUAAUGAUUAUUUGACUA